UUCAAUAAUAUUCAGGAUUAACACUUGCACCAUCUCCGAUCCAUUCCGAAAGGCGGCAACUAGGGGUUGUGACCAGAGCCCGCUGGCGGCGACCGUGGAAAGAGCGGAGAAGGAUGUCGGGCAUGGGAGACGGGUACGUGGGCACUGCCCAAGACGCCGUCAGGAUUCGAAGACUCGAGAAGCAAAGAGAAGCCGAGCGCCGGAAAAUCCAGGAGCUCAAAGCCAAGACUGCCUCCGCUAAAGGCCAGCCCGGUCUCCUUCAAUUUGGGUCCAGUACCUCCGAGAUUCUCGAGACAGCGUUCAAGAAGGAAACUGUUGGUUUGGUGACGAGAGAAGAGUAUGUUGAGAAGAGGGUGAAUAUUCGUAACAAAAUUGAAGAAGAGGAGAAGGAGAAACUUCAAAAGCUACAACAAGAGGAAGAAGAACUCCAAUUGCAAAAACGUAGGAAAAGGAAAAUAAGGGGGAAUUCACGCCUGUCUUUUUCUGAUGAUUUUGAGAAUGGAAGCGAUGAGGAUGAUGAAAACAUAAAUUUGGAGCCAAGGAAGAUUGGGCGUGGUAAACUUGGCAAAGAUCCUACAGUGGAGACUAGCUUUUUGCCUGAUAGUGAGCGGGAAGCAGAGGAGCAAGCUGAACGUGAAAGGCUGAAGAAACAGUGGCUUCGUGAGCAGGAGCAAAUUCGAAAUGAGGCCCUCGAAAUCACUUAUAGUUAUUGGGAUGGAGCAGGCCAUAGGCGAGUGAUUCAGGCACGAAAAGGUGAUACAAUUGGAGAGUUUCUAAGGGCUGUACAGCAGCAACUUGCCCCUGAGUUUCGGGAGAUAAGGACUACCUCUGUGGAGAAUUUGCUAUACGUGAAAGAGGAUCUUAUAAUACCCCAUCAACAUAGCUUCUAUGAACUUAUUGUGAACAAAGCUAGAGGCAAAAGUGGUCCGCUUUUCCACUUUGACGUGCACGAGGAUGUCCGGACAAUUGCUGAUGCAACAAUAGAGAAGGAUGAGUCUCAUGCUGGGAAAGUUGUUGAGAGGCACUGGUAUGAAAAGAAUAAGCAUAUCUUUCCUGCUUCAAGAUGGGAGAUAUAUGAUCCGACAAAGAAAUGGGAGCGGUAUACCAUCCACGGGGAUUGAUUCAAUGACAGAAGCACAACUAGUAUGAUUUAUGGCUUGAAUUCUCAGUUUUUAUUACCUCUGUUUUCUCAUACACGCCGAGUUUGUUUGACAUCGAGUUGGACUGAAGGUGGAAACUUUCUGGGAAGCAAAAUGAUGCAUCUUUUACAUGAGCAUCUGUAUUCUUGUGCGGUAUGAAUGGAUGCGUAUUGUGUUAUUUAAGCAUUUAAGCCCCUAGUAUUGAGAUACGUAUUGUCCUGUACUUGGCUUUAGAAACUUGUUUAGAUUGCAAUAAGCUCGCAUUCCCUUUGAUAUUGAGAGAUUCUCGUCUUGUUGAACUUCAACCUAUUUGAAUUGUUAUUUUGGAAGGAAAUUAAAAAAGACAAACAAUGACAGGAGUAAUGUGAUUAUGUUAAUGCAUAUCCA